AUGCCACAGAUCUCUAAGAGGCUCUCCUUUCUUGAUUGCUCUCCUUUAAUAUCUAAAGUCUCUGAUCAACUCCAAUCUUGGCAGAACAGGAGACAUUUGUCAUAUGCGGGAAGAAUCCAACUAAUAAAAUCUGUUAUCAUGGGAAUUCAAAUCUAUUGGACAAGCAACUAUAUCCUUCCGAUAAAGGUUUUGGAAAAGAUUGAUAAAAUGUGUUCUGCUUUCCUAUGGGGGAACAAAAUACAUUUAGUUUCCUGGUCAGAAGUGUGCAAGGAUAAAGAACAUGGAGGAUUGAGUCUCUUCAAUGCCAGGUAUUGGAAUUAUUCAGCAGGUAUUAAACUACUAUGGAUGAUACAUACUAAAAAGGAUUUACUGUGGAUUAAAUGGGUCCAUGAGAACUAUUUACAAAAUCAGAGUAUUUGGCAAAUUCAACCGAGGAAGAAUGACUCUUGGAUGUGGCGCCAACUCUUAAAAGUGAGAGAUUUGGUGAUAAGCAGAUUUGGAAGUAUGGGGAAUAUUCAAGGUGUUCUAGAUAGCUGUCUCAAAGAUGGUAACAUUCAAAUCUCUUCUAUAUACAAGGCCAUUUCUUACUCUUCAGCUACUGUAAACUGGUCGAAGUCAGUUUGGGGGGGCUUGCACUAUCCCAAACACUCUUUGAUUAUGUGGCUUGCCAUCCUCUCGAGGCUGCUGACUAAAGACAGACUAUACCGCAUGAAGAUCUUGGAAGCUAAUCAGAAUCAAUGUGUAUUGUGCACAGGCUCUGCAAACAGGCCUGAAUCUAAAAAUCACCUCUUCUUCGAGUGUCAAUACUCAGCUUCUGUCUGGAAUGAUAUGAUGGAAUGGUUAGGCUUUACUUGGAGAUCAUGUGAUUGGAAUUGUGUGAUGAAUUGGUUUAAUAACAACCUGAAGGGGUUAGGAUUUAUGAAGAAGGUGAAGAGAAUGGUGCUGUCAGCAACAAUAUAUUGGAUAUGGAAGGAGAGGAACUCAAGAAUUUUUCAGCAAAAAUGUAGAAGCUCCGAUCAACUUGUGAGGGAGGUGAAGAUUUCUGUCCUUAUGAAAGUGCUGCAGGAAAAAGUUCCAGACCAUUUGAGAGAAAGAAUUAAUAGAUUGUAA